GGGCUUCCUUUAGAUACAACAUUUGAAAUUCAAAUAAGGUUGCAAACAUUUCUUUGCAUGGAGUAUUGAUUAUUGUGUUUUGAGUUGAAUGAUCAUUUAUGGACGCUUACCUUAAACUAUGGCAACAUUUGAUUUGAUAGUUCCGUGUAGAUAAUAUCUGCCAAACUAAGUUACAUUAAACAGACUAUUAGCCCAUUUUAGAGGCCUAAAACACAGUUUUGUACUAAAUGCAACCACGUCACUACAUAAAUACAAAUUCAAUUCCAUAUGAUCGUAGAUGUGCUUCAUCCUGACAUUCAUUAUCCGUCAAUAUCAGCCGGUAAUCAAAAUCGGAGCCUUCACUACGCACCUACACACCUACCCAAACAGCAGACAAUCUGUGGACAUUGAAACAACCUGUUUGCAUGGCUUUGCGUCGAUUUGUUUGACAGAUGACAAGCAGCUGCACAAUUUGCAUCCAGUUGCCUUGGAGAAAGAGCCCUCUUUGGUCAAGUCAUGAUAUCUGUUAUUUCUCUCAGUGACUUUCUUCAUGACUUCAGUGUAUUCAAAGUUAUUUUUUAUUCAAUGCCAAAAUAUACACAAAUUCGAUAAACAUCUCUAUCGCAGGCUAAAGAGCAGGGGUAGCUAAUGAAGUGGGAAUCCAUUAAUGUUUUUAUAAAUGGUGGGGUGUACUGAACUACACUGCAAAAUGUAAACUAGUAGUUUAACUACAUCUUGCAGUAGCAUGCUGGUAGUUCAACUACAUUCAUAUUUGCAUAAUGAUUCAAGUAGUUAAAAUACUUUUUUGCCAUUAUUUGUGUAGUUAAAUACUAAAACUACAAACUCUGCAUUAUAUUGUCUUGUCUUUGUCAAACGCAGCUAUAAGUCUGAAGUGUAAAGCUGUCAGAAACCCAAAAGACAAGAAGAAUGGCACAGGCCCCGCUAAAAAUGGACAAAUCUUUAGUCAUAAUCACUUACAAUAUUUUUGAAUAGUUAGGUUGUAAAAAAAAGAUUUUUACUAACAAACAUCAGAAAAAUGUAAGAAAUAAAACUAUAAUAUAUUUACAUGUUAAUUUAUUUUAUUUUUGGGUUUUUAACCUAGUUUUCUUAUCUUGUUUCUAUGUUACUAUAACUCAAGCAUGCUCAGUGUAUUUACCAAUGACAGACUCCUGAGGGUGUAUUUUAAUAAUUGCUGCAACAUUGGAAAUGCAUAUAAGGCUACAUUAUGUAAUAUAUGUAGCAAUCCAACAGUUUCUCAUAUUCCUUCUACACUCUUACUCCACCCCAAAUGGGACUUUGGGACACCAACUGACCAGAGCAGGACUUAAAGUUUCUAUGAUAAUUAUAGCUGUAGUUAUUGGCAUAUACUCUAAAGUCGUAAAAAGCUUUUCUUACGUCCUCUGAGGAGUUUUAAACAUGCCAGCUUUCUAAACUCUGCGGCCAUAAAACCCCAUUAGCUUCUCUCAUGACACAUCUUUCAGCUCUUUGGUUUAUGGCUCACAGUCAAGUAGCGCUCUCUACACCUCUCCAAAAUUCAAUAUUAAAUUCAUGAAUGCAAUAUUUUGUGAUUUAAAAAUACACUUUUCCGAUAAAAGCAGAAUGUUAUUGAAAGACUCUGGUAUCAGCACUCCACAACUGGCUGCUCGGACAACAAACAGCAGCGAGGUAAAAUAUUAACUUUUGUUCUGCUGACAAGAUGUUGCCACCGCUUCCUUAUUAGUGGAUGGAAACGGUUUAAAGUGUAUGCGUGUGUCCAGAUGUCACGCUAAUGGAGAAGAGGAGUUUGAUCGUUACCCAAGCAACCCAUAAGUCAGAGCUCAACAUCUCUGACCAAUCAGAGUAGGAGCAUUGAGUCGAGAUGUUUUACCUUUGGAGGAUUCUCCAGUUAGAUCUGUCGCCCCAUGAUACCAAACAUCAAGCUUUUCUUGCUUUGUCUCACUUUUGACAAUUUUCCAUUUGCUCUUUUGGAGAUUAAUGCCACCUGCAGUAAUGGAAGUGGUCUUUGAGGAACUACUCAUGAGAUCUGCAUAUUUCAUCAAGACUUUGAUUGUUAGUCCUUUCUGAAGUGAUUAACUUCUUCUCUCAGUUUGAGCAUCAGUGUUUGGGUCCAUUCCGGUUGAUGGCGAGGUUCCAGUUGUUGCGGUUCAAAGUGAGCUGGACAGCACUUCUGACUCUGGCCCACUUCACAUACCUGCUGGUUGGGGCCACCAUCUUCCAGAUACUGGAGCGAGAGGCUGAGAGCAACAACCGAAACCACUUCCAACUAGAGAAGUUACAUUUCUUGGCUAAUUACACCUGCCUGGACGGACCAGCCUUGGAGAAGUUUGUUCAGGUGAUUUUGGAUGCCUGGGAAAAGGGAGUGAAUCCUUCAGGCAACUCAACAAACCCGAGCAACUGGGAUUUCAGUAGUUCCUUCUUUUUUGCAGGCACAGUAGUCACAACUAUAGGCUAUGGAAACCUCUCCCCCAGCACGGUAUCUGGUCAAGUGUUUUGUGUGUUUUACGCACUGUGUGGAAUCCCACUGAACCUGGUCUUCCUCAAACAGAUGGGGAAGUGUCUCACCAUCCACCUGGGUCGCCUGGAGAGGGGAAUGGUCUCAGUUGUUCAACACAAGCAAACCGUUGAGGCUCUGGCAGUAAGCUUGUUCUUCAUCUCCGGCAGCCUGCUGUUUUUGAUCAUCCCUCCUCUGCUGUUCAGUUACGUGGAAGGCUGGACGUUUGGCGAAGGCUUCUAUUUCACCUUCAUUACCCUCAGCACCAUUGGUUUUGGAGAUUAUGUGGUGGGGACUGACCCAGGCAAGGAGUACAUCUCUCUGUACCGCAGCCUUGCAGGUAUAUGGAUCAUCUUUGCCUUGGCUUGGCUCGCUCUCAUCCUCAACAUGGGAGCCAGAACAAUGGAGCUUGUGAUUGGCCUGACUCAUCCAGGCUUUAAGAAACAAGAGGAGGAAGAAGAUGCGUCAUCAAGUAAUCUAGAAGACACGUCAAAGAUCUGACAGUGGACUGUAGAUGAAAAUCUACAUUGCUAUAUUGACUACAUGUAAUAUUCACUAGAGAAUAUACAUAGUGUGACUUUUUUCUGUACAUAUUGUGAU